UUGGUCGGAAAACGAUAUCCCAUCGCGCGAGACGGAAUUUCCUCUUGGCCUCAUCGGACUGCCAGAAGAGCCGAGAUCUGAAGAAAUCAAGUCGCUUCCGUACCCCUUUCGGAAUCUCGAAGAACGAUAGUAGGAACAUCGGCAUACUAGUCAGUACCGAGUUAAUCAGCACUAGCCGACCUUCAUAAGACAUAAGCUUGCCCUUCCAGCAACUAAGCUUUUUUUCAAUUCGAUCUUCGAUACACUUCCAUUCUUUAAUGGUUAACUUACGAUGGUGAAUCGGUAUGCCCAAAUAACUAAAUGGUAAAGAACCUAAUUCACACCCCGAACAAUUGUCUAUAAGUGUCUUGCUCGUCUUUGGCCUUCCCAAAGCAGAACAACUCACUCUUGUGAAAGGUUAUCUUUAAACCAGACAAUUGUUCGAAAAGACAUAAUAUAAGUUUCAUAUUGCACGCCUUAGCAAUGUCAUGUUCCAUUAAUAAGAUAGUGUCGUCAGCAUAUUGUAAGAUGGAUACUCCUCCAUCGAGCAGAUGAGGAACUAACCCCUCCACUUGACCAUGCUGCUUGGCCCUGCCAAUAAAAAUGGCCAACAUAUCGGCCACUAUAUCUUUACUCCUUUAAAAGAGCCAGGUGGUGUUGAUGGCCCGUCUGCCCUCUUUGAUGGGAUAGGGAUAAAAAAAUGUGCAGCAGCAAGAGGAACCGCCAUCCUGCCUCUCCAUUACGUGAAGCCACCUCGAACUAAAAAAAAGAAUCUUAAUCGAGUACUACUGUUCUCCCGAAGCACCUGCCAGCACCGGCCUUUCUCCCCCAAAAUCUGUCCGCCUCGUCUCUCCCAUCGCCUGCUCUCAUGGCCUCCCCCGAUCCCGUAUCUCUUGCCGCCUCUCACCUCCCCCAAUCCCGUAUCUCUUGCCGCCUCUCUCCUCCAAUCCCACUCCCCGUUCUUCAAACUGUCGAUGCCGCACCGCCAUGCAUAUUACUCCCGGGGUUCCCCAUCCCUUAUGCUCGUUGUUUUCUUCUCUGCCUCCCGGAAUACUCAGUUUCCGCUGCCCUGCUCGCUCGCCGUCGCCGGUACUGCCGAGUCGCCCGCUCAACGUCGCCGAAACGAGGAAACUGCAACCCCUGUCGGCGUGUUCGCUCGCCGUGCCAGGAUUGCGUGGAGGCCGCUUACCCUGCCGGCACGCCCGCUCGCCGUCUUCGACCGCUUCGAGGUGGCACCCCCUGCGGGCAAGCUCGGUCGGGAACUGCAGCGCCGCCUCACGAUCGCGCGGACAGUUCGUCUUGGUCUGCGCUGCCUUUUCCCCUUCAAAAGACCGAUAUGGCUAAAUUAUGUAUAAUUCAGAAUUUCAAAUGCUGCUACAGUGUCUGUUAUUGUCAGAUAAUGCUUGGAAAAAAGUCUAUAAAACAUGCUCUUUGCACCUAUUAUAGCAACAGACAUGUGUACCAAUUCCGCAGGCUGUUGCAAACGGGGGCACUAGAAAGUAGAAACUAGCAAAGUUGCCAAAGAUCACUGAUUCUGAUAUUACAUUAACCAAAAGAACUUCUAGAGGGAGGAGGCCACACCAAAAGAACAAUUAAUUUUUUUCUUUUUUUUCGAAAAUGGGGGACUCCCCGGCCUCUGCAUCAGAACGAUGCAUACAGCCAAGAAAAAAAGAACAAUUAAUGAGUUGAGAAAUGUGAAUGAGCGCUUGAUCCCAUUGUUCCCUGCGUUUAUUCCUUUUGACAGAGUUUGGGAGUUCACCCUAGAUAAUGAUACACAUGUUGAUGUUAUUGGCAUGGUUUUAUUUGUAAGUUCUAUGGGAUAUAAAGACGGUUUCUACAAUCGGAGGAUCCCAGUGAGAAAUAUUGUUCUGCUAGAUGACACGUAUGUGUAUCUUAUGAUUUUCAGUUAUCGAAAUGAUUUGGUGACUAAUAAUCUAAGUGCACGGGAAAAACUCGCCCAGGAGCGUAUAAUUGUCGUGGCAACAAUGUUACGUGCAGAGCGCAUCGAUCGUGGCCUGCAUACUACAGACUUAAGUAGGAUGCACUUUAACCCGAACAUCACAGUAGUGCGUGAAUUAAGGCAGAGGAUCAACAAUGAUCUUCCUGGACAAUCACCUCCAUGAAUCAAAAGAAGAUGAAUAAUGGAGUCGUGAAGCAAAAGUGAAGUCUUAGAAUAAUAGGAUAAUGCGUUACUUAAGCUAGGUUAAGCUACUUUUGAACCGUGUUACUUCACUUUGCUUAAUUUUGGGUGUACGGUGCCGUGGACAAUGAUGGGAAGUGCUUUUGUGAUCCGUGUUGUAACUGAAUCUGAGUUUAACUUAUGAAGUGAAAUCUUAAGGUAGUGUAAUGCCAAGACCACUUGAACAACAUAUCAAGUUGGUGUGAUCUCUGGGUAAAGUAAAAUGUAACAGCUUGGAGGCAUGUUGAGUCGCAAAUAGUUGUUCACAUGUGUUAGCUAAGGGUAGAUGUAAUCAAAAUGAAAUGGUGUGUGUGGCUCCAUGUAACUCUCUGAUGUUUGUAGCGUCGUUGAACAAA